AUGGCGGCACGCCAUGGGAGAAAAACUUGGCAAUAUCUGAUGGCAUGUGUUCUUGUUGUCUCAGGUAUCAGCUGCUUCCCCGGCUUCGUGGCCCCUUCCACCGGAGCCGCGCCGUGGCGCCUCCCCGGAGCUCGGGCAGAGCCCUUGGAAGCGCCGAGCCGAGCGUCGCUGCAGCUGUCGGUGCUGAUCGUUGGCGCCGGACCGGCAGGUCUGCUGCUGGCGGAUCGGCUGCUCUCCGCCGGUUGCAACGUGCACCUGGUGGAGGCGCGCCAGGACCCGCGCGAAGGCGCCCUGGAAGGCCGCGCCUACGCGCUGGGGCUGGGCAUUCGCGCGCAACGGGCCAUCAGGACGUUGGGGGACGAACUCUGGGAGAGCAUCAAACCCAGCGGUUUCGCCUCGGAACGUUUCAAGCUUCACAUCUCGGAGAAGAUGGCCAUCGAUCUGCGGACACCAGAGGACAACAAUGGCCUGGAGCCGAGUUUGCUGAUCUAUCAGUCGGACUUGUGCUCCGCCAUGCUGGAUCACCUAGAAUCCAACCAGCAAGGCGCUGGGAAGUUAAAAAUCUCCUUCCAGAGCAAGUUGAAGUCGUUGGAUACUUCCACAGGCGUCGCGACGCUUCAGUCCGGUGACACGCUGUCGGAGUUGCCGGCUGCGGAUCUGGUGGCCGGCUGCGAUGGCGUCAACUCGGUAGUGCGUGCCAGCAUCGCUGCUGCAAAUCCAGCCUUCGAGGUGGAGCAAACCAAAUUGCCGGGAAGCUUCAAGGUCUUAAGGUUUCCCCAGAUGCCCUCGAAGUUGGACCCCAGCGCAGUACAUGCGAUCCCUGGGAAGGGCUCCACCUCCGCCUUCGUCGAACCCACUGCGCGCGGCGCCUGCGCGCUCAUCAACUGGCGAGAUGGGGUUGAUACCAAGCCAUUGCCGAAUCUGGGCGAGCUGACUGAAAGCGCUGAAAAGGCGCGUGAGACCCUGGCCAGCUACUUUCCUUUGAUUGAGGAUGCCAUCAACGAAGAUGCCGGCCAGCAGUUUGUGAACCAGCAGGCAUCACAAGCCUCCACGGUGAAGUGCAAUAGCUACCACUUGGGCCGUGCUGUCUUGCUGGGCGAUGCAGCCCACUGCACCGGUGGCGUCAGUGGCCAGGGCUGCUCUUCAGCUAUGAAGGACUCAGUGGUGCUGGCCGAGCUGCUUCAGCACGAAGUGGGCAGUGGUCGAAGUGUCGCAGAAACCUUGGCCAUGUACUCUCGGCAACAGGUGCCCGAGGGCCAUGCCCUGCUGGACCUCUCACUGGGCCCCAGUGCUGAGGUGGGCCCUUUGAAAAAGGCGCUCUACGGAGCUGCCUCCUUCGCCGGGACUUUGCUGAGCAAAGUGGGCAUUGGUGAUCCACCGCUACAGACCCUGCUGACCACCUGCCUGACACCUUUCUCGGAGAUACGACGUGACCGAGAUUUCUUCUUCGGAGACUUCCCGAAACAGGCGGAGUUCGACGAGAUGAUCGAAAAGGUGUCCUCUUAA